GCCAUGUCGUCGGCGCGCUCGCUGGUGUCGCGCUUGAUCCCGCCGCUCGCGGCGCACUGGCACAAGGGCCAGCAAGGGCGCGUGGGCGUGGUGGGCGGCUCGUUCGAGUACACGGGGGCUCCGUACUACGCCGGCGUGUCGAGUCUCAAGACGGGGGCGGACCUGUGCCACCUCUUCUGCGUGGAGGAGGCCGCCGUCCCCAUCAAGAGUUACAGUUCCGAGCUCAUUGUGCACCCGCUGCUGCGCUCGGACGCGUCGCUCGCGGGGUUCGAUGAGUCGAAGCGCGCUGCUGUCCUGGCGGAAGCUGUCGAGAGGAUCGUGCAGGUGCUGCCGAGACUGGACACGCUGGUGAUUGGGCCUGGGCUGGGCCGAGACGCCAGUGUGCAGGAGAUCACGCGGCAGAUCAUUGCAAAGGCCAAGGAGUCUAACCUGCCGCUGGUUCUGGACGGCGACGCGCUGUUCCUUGUGAGUCUGGAACCAGAGACCAUCAAGGGCUACAAGAACGUCAUCCUCACGCCGAAUGCGAUGGAGUAUGCGCGGUUGUGUGCCACCACGCAACUGCUGCCGAACGUUGACGUCGCGCAAGCUGCCAAGAUCCCGCCGGCUCAGCUCAGUGAGGCUUUGGGUUUUCCAGUCGUCAUUCAGAAGGGCAGUGUGGAUACAUUUUCCGACGGCAAGAUCACCAUAACAAACGAUGAAUUUGGAUGCCCGCGCCGAUGUGGAGGGCAAGGAGAUGUGCUGUCGGGGGCCAUAGGAACGUUCGCGGCGUGGACGAAGCACCUUGAUCUCUCGAGCGUGGACUUCUCGGGCAACCCGCUGCUUCUUGCAGCCUACGGAGGCUCUCUCGUGACGCGAGCCAGUUCAUCCCUUGCUUUUGACGAGCACCAACGCUCGAUGACGGCACCCGACGUCUUGCACAGCGUUGGCAAAGGCUUCGUCAAGGCGUUCCCUAACUCAUCUAUGUAGGCUCGCCAUUGUCUGGACGGCACACGGGGUCGCACAGCAUCCGGAUCCCACGGCUGGUGCAGUGGCUUCAGUCUGGCAUCCCCCUUCAGCAAUGUCGAGGAUUUUUGCAGCUUCAUGUGGCAUUAAACAUUUUACAAUAGCCAUCGAGCUCCGAAGCUCGCGAACGUAGGCUGAAACU